UUUCAACACCGGUAAACUUAGAUAGGUCUGCCCAUUCGGAGAUCUACUCGGAUCAGCAGUUAACAAUCAGGAAAUCUUUAGAUGGAGAAUGAACAAGCAAGCUGGAAAAAAAGGAGCAGGAGAUCUCCAAGAGAUGCACCACCAUCUGCAUCUGCAGUUCGUCCCGGGGGUCAUUCAGAGGCAUUCGACGAUCUGAUCGAGUUAGUCGCCUCAUUUAAUGAGCAUCAACUAGCUUUAGCUCGAACCACACCUUUCGCUGUGUUCUCUGAGUGGACUAAUAAGAUAAGAUUUGACCUGAAUUUCUCCAAAUGGCUGGUCACCCAUGUUGAUUUCAUAGAUAGAUGCAUUCUAACGGGUAGAGAAUUUAACAUUCCUGUUGAUGCACGCUGUGCUACUAGGAUUAUAGGUUUGCCUAGUUCAGGUGUAGAUAUCAUUUCGGGCGACAUUUCACAAAGAGAAGCUGGCCGUUUGACAGUCCGAGAAUUUCUCGGUAUCAAAGUGAAUGAUGCACCUAGCAUGACUGCCGCAAAAAAUGUUCUGUUGCGUCACCGGGAGAAGCCCGACAGCGACGACGAUAUUAUCUUCAAAGCUGCCUUCGUUGUCUAUGUCAUGGCAUUCCUUACAGGAAGCUAUGAGGUCGACGGUUCCCAAGAUGACCAGUUCUGGCAUGCUGUUGAUGGUUCUACACCGAUUGAUAGUUUCAAUUGGGGAGCCUACUUAGUUAACAGUUUCGUCCAAUUGUGCUCUAAAUCUGCGACGUCUAUCAAAUCUGGUAUUAGUAAGCUGCCCCCUCCUGGAUGCAACCUGUUUUUUCAGGUAACCCACUAG